AUGGACCUAAAGCUUGUGAAACUUUCCUUGUUUGAAAAAAGAACGUUUCAACCAAAAGAUGGUGAAGAAAAGAAGGAGAAAGCAGAGGAGAAUAAAAGUCUUCAGAAUGAUGGAGAUAAGACAGCACUGGAAGCACAGAAGAAAGAUGAGAAGCAGAAAGAAGACGACCAGGAACGGAGAGAUAAGUCCAAUAAGGAAAAGCAAGGGGAAGAAAAGAAGGAGAAGAUAGAGGACAAGAAUGCAAAUAAAGAAGCAGUCAAGAAAGAGGACAAGAACAAUCCUAAGGAUGAAAAUAUGGGAAAGAAUGAGGUUAAACAGGAUGAGGAGAAGAAAAAAGAGAAACACGAAGACAUGCCAGCUGGUGAAGUAAAUGACAAAAAAGAAGACGAAGACAAGCCUGAUAAACUAAAGACAGCGAAAAUAGAGGUUAACCAGGAAGAAAAGAAAUCGGAAAAAGCGGAAGAUAACAAGCAGGCUGAAGCGAAAGAGGAAGAAACACAAGCAGGCGAUCCUGGCGAGUCACAAGGAACUCCAUCACUGCACAAAGAGAAUGAAAACAUUGAC